AUGCUAGGCGAAGCGGUGGAGUGCUGCACCCUAGAUGGCGAGAGUCCAGUAGCCGAAAGCAUCACUAGCUUACGCUCUGACCCAAGUAGCAUGGGGCACGUGGAAUCCCGUGUGAAUCAGCAAGGAGAAAUAUACCAAGCAUAUGUGAAGUGGGAGGUUAAUGUGGGCACGACUGUGCAAAUCCUUGUGGAUAUAUUUAAUGUUAGAGGAAUUGUCCAUUUCGGCGGUGCAGCAUCGGUAAAUGAAUCUGUGGUCAUUGGUGAUGUUUCAGUGCCUGAUCAAGUUGCUUACACAGCAGCGUGGAGCUGGAGGAAUUCUUCGACAGAUGAAGUUCAGCCAUUCCUUAAAGAUAUGGUUUAUGGGAAUUUGAGUUUUGGAGAUUUUAAUGUUCCCCAAAAGGGAGAUAAUUUACUAGGACGCAUCUUUUAUUGGGCAUCGACAUGGUUCACUGGUCAGCAAACACAGAACAGAGGUUUUUGGCUUCCCGUAAACCCAGAUUGGCUAAGGAUUGCAUCUCAGAUCCAGGGUUUGAAGUUGGAAACCCAUGUGAAUGAAACUGUGUACGUACCUUACAAACCAGUAGUUCAAUUCGGAUUAAAGGCCGGUACUGCUGAUUUGUUCAUUGUAAACGAAGCAUAUGGUGAUUUCCUUCACAAAACUUUUAACAUUUCAACAAUCGACACUUCUGAUUCUGCUAUUACUUUGACAUGUUUCUCAAAUAACAUUCCGUAAAUUGUGUUUCGCGGAGUUUCUAACAAGGUAAGAGAUAAUGAUCCAAAGCCGGAAUGGGCUCCGUUGGGAAAUAUCAAUGCUAUAAAAGCCACAGCUGCUUUCCUCGGAUUGCUUAAUCCCGACGAUUCUGUGACCAAUGAGUAGUAAUUAAGUUAAGCAUCUCAGUUUAAAUAAGAUUAGCUAAAUGUUCUCCUACUUUUGGCUAAUUAUCUAAAUAAGAUUAGCCAUGUUGCUGUUAAUUCUUGAUGAAAAUGUAGUAAUAUACUCUCUGAUCAGUGAUCUAAAAUAAAUAAAUGACGUUUAAUA